UUUCAAUGGCUUUUGAAUUGAUUUUUUAAAUUUUUGAUUUUGUUUUUGUUUUGAUUGCGAAAACAAUUGAAUAAUUGAUGAAUUGUUUGAUCAAUGAAUUGAUGGCUAAUAACCAGAUGUCGAAACGAAAAUGGGAUGAGUUGUACGAUACGGGCGACCAGUCGUUGAGACCCGACUCGAGUGACGCCAGGGAUGACGAGCGGCCGACCGAUACUGAAGACAACAACACUCGUGACUCGAGUGGCGGACAAUGCGAUGAAAACGAGUGCAACGAUGGCAUCAACUCUAGCGAAGAGCCGACGCCUCACAAAAUGGCGCGAAAUAUGGCGUCCAAUGAGUGCUCGCAUUCGGACGAUGUCUGCCAAUCGAUGUCAGUCUCGCCAUACGAUUCUCUUAACAUGUGUCACGGCGUGGCCGACACUGGCUUCCAGUGUGACUCCGUUAACAGCGAGAUCAGCAGCUCUGGGAUCAGUAGUUCCGGUAAUCUCGAUGUCAUGACAUCGAGCGACCAUUUGGACGACACCUGCUGUGAGGUAGUGGUGGCCACGACUGUCGCCGAUGUGUCGUCGGCCACAACCGUCGCGACCGCCGACGCGGAAUCAGAUUCUGCGCACCACUCGGACGGCAACGAAGCCAACGAUUGCGCCGAUAAUAAAGUGAGCUGUAGUUCAGAGACGGUGGCCAAUGGACUGCCCUGUAGUGUGUUUGACGACCACGACAUGACUCGCAGUGAAGUGGAAGUGCCACUCGUGGACAACGAGGUCGACGAACCACAACAAUCGCAACUCGUCGACGAAGGCCAACAUUUGGUCGCUGAAGAGGUGGUCAUCAGCAACAGCACCGACGACGCGCUCAACGAUACGAACGAGUGCUGUGUUUAUGGCGACGAAAACGAGUGUCCCGUUGAUAAUAGUCGCGGCGAACCCGAGAACUCUUUAAGUGAUAACUCAAACGCUGACUAUAAUUACGAUAAUAUACCUCAAAGUGAAGAAGUGGUGUCACAGCCGUCGCACGGCUGCCAAACCGAUGAGCCCGAGACUACUGAGUGCACGAGCGAAGUCUGUGUUCAAACAGAUCCCAACAAUGAGUGCUCGAGCGAAGACUGUGUUCAAACAGAUCCGAACAAUGAGUGUUCAAACGAUGUCUGUUUGGAAACCGUUUACACCACAGAGGAAUGUACGAACGAAGUCUGUGUCCAAACGGAUCCGACCAAUGAGUGCACGAAUGAAGUGUGCGUCGGAACAAUUGAUCCCGCGAUGGGAGUGGAGGGCAAUGCUGUGACCGUGGAGUCGGCGGACGAGGCGAGCAAUUCGAGUAGUGUUGGCGCCAGUGUUUUGAGUAACUGUUCGGCCGACGCGCCCACCACUUCCUCCUCGAUUGGCGGCCAUUCGAGCAUUGAUUCAUCAGAAGUAGAAUCGGAAUACAAGAGUCUUCUGAAGACACCCGGAAAGCCGAGACAUAAGAAGUCUGUUAUCUUCGACGGCGUAACCGUUUACUACUUCCCGCGCUCUCAGGGUUUCACAUGCGUUCCCUCUCAGGGAGGAUCCACUUUGGGUAUGGAUUUACAACACGUUCACUACAAGUCCUUCUCAAUGGAAGAUCACGCCGAAGAACGCAAACGCGUCCACAAAGAGAUUCUCGUCCGUCAGCGACGGUUCGCCAAAAUGCAUGAAAACCGAUACGUGAACCCGACCUCGUCCUCCGAGUCCGAGGAAGAGCUCUACGACGAGAUGAGCGAUAUAUCCGACUCGGAAUUAGAGGCCGACAGUUGCUAUUUCCUGCAACCCGUGCCCAUUAGGCAACGCAGGGCUCUAUUGCGAGCGUCGGGCGUCCGAAAGAUCGAGACCAACGAGAAAGAAGAGUGUCGUGACAUUCGCUCCUCCCGUGAGUACUGCGGCUGUGAAUGUCGUAUAUACUGUGAUCCCGAGACGUGCGCCUGUAGUUUAGCGGGCAUUAAGUGUCAAGUGGACAGAAUCAGUUUUCCCUGUGGCUGUACGCGCGACGGCUGUGCGAACGUCACCGGAAGGAUAGAGUUUAAUCCGUUGAGAGUGAGGACACAUUUCAUCCACACAUUGAUGCGCAUAGAGCUCGAGAAGAAACAGGUUUGGAGUGACACCACUUCCUCCUUUUCACAAACCCUACCCUCCCUUUCGCUUGACUUUAUGUUAUUUACUUUUUCUCGAGACCAGGAGCUGAGCGCCCAUCACCUCCAGUCCUCAGACAAUUACGUCAGUUCCAGCAGUUAUUCAAAUAAUCACCAAAUGAUAUCCAAUGCGAUGAAUUGUGCCAAUUCUCAAACCAUCAAUAACUUCAUGCCAUCGAUCACUCACACGAGCACUUCGACCGCAACCAGCAAUUCGAUGAAUCCGUCGGAACCGACCACUAAUUCCAACAGCAAUUCAAUGGACGCAUACAACACAUCGCCGUUUAGUCCGGACGACAGCUCCUAUUCGGAGAACUCGGACUAUACGAGCGAUGAAUACGACGACUCAGACGCUAAUGAGUACCAGAAGUUUACGGCACAAACACUACAGCAACCGAUGAACUCUUUAUCGCACACGACUACAGGCACCGCCUCUUCGAGCACGAUAUCAUCGUCAACGACGGCCGCAUUGCCUCCCUUUCCCACAAUCAGUGGCAACACUGGUGUGAAUGGAGUGGUCAACAGUCAUAACAAUUCAUUUCUAACGUUCACACAAAACGGACAGUUCGUCGCCACAAACCAGUUGUCCUCAGCCGCGCGCACACUCACUGCACAAUCCUUUACACCACAGUAUGUAAUACAUCCGCAACUCUAUAACUAUACAGAUAUAUAUCAAAGACAUUACGUAUUAUCAAACGCUACCGCGACUACCAGUGCGGCGGUUAAUUGCUCGCCAAAUAUAGCUAACAUAGCUACUCAUCCACUGAUUGCAAACAAUAAUAAUUUGCAAACAAAUAAUAGUAAUUGUUGUGAAGUUAUUGCUGUGAAUAACUGUAACGAAGACGUACACCAGUACACAGACCUGAGCCUCUCGAUAGCUUCCUCAUCAGCCGCUGAGAGUCUUCACGGGCUGUUGUCUGCGGCGGCGGCCACUGCCAGCAUCACUGAAGACAAUCGUCUCACACCUGUUUCGUUCAACAGCGACGACCCGUUGAGCGAAAACCAACACUUAAUGGCCAAAGAGAGCGCCGAAUCUCAGGAGUCGUCGUCCUUCACGUCGUCCGACUCUUCCGAAGGCGACCACCAUUUGUUGGUCGACGCGACCGAACACACCGUCAAGUCAUCGGAGGACAAACCGGUGGUCGACAACUGCGAGAACUGUAUUUGCACUGUAUUUGUAUAGGAGAUACAGUCUUACAGUGUUUUCUAUUCAAACCAUUCAUACUUUAUAACACACAAAAUGGACAAAUCGUUACCCAAAGUAUC